UGUCGCGCGCUGCUGUUCCUCUCGCAGUUCUACAUCCUGUCGGGCGGUGGGGCCUUGGACGUGGAGCGCUCGCAGCCGCCGGCCCCAGCGGGGAAGGACCCGGGCCCGACACGCGCUUUCACGGUGGUUCCCGGGGCGGCAGAAAGUACCGACAUCCCACCUUAUGUGAUGAAGUGUCCCAGCAACGGUCUGUGUAGCAGACUUCCCGCAGACUGUAUAGAGUGCAAGACAAAUUUCUCCUGUGUCUAUGGGAAGCCUAUCACUUUUGACUGCACGGUCAAACCUUCUGUUACCUGUGUUGAUCAAGACUUCAAACCCCAAAAGAGCUUCGUCCUCAACAUGACUUGCAGAUUUUGCUGGCAGCUCCCGGAAGCUGAUUACGAGUGUUCCAGCUCCACCAGCUGCAUGACAGUGUCCUGUCCUCGGCAGCGCUUCGCCGCCAACUGCACCGUGCGGGACCACGUCCACUGCCUGGGUAACCGUACUUUUCCAAAAAUGCUGUACUGCAAUUGGACAGGAGGCUAUAAGUGGUCGACUGCCCUGGCUCUGAGUAUCACCCUCGGUGGGUUCGGAGCGGACCGCUUCUACCUGGGCCAGUGGCGGGAAGGCCUCGGCAAGCUGUUCAGCUUCGGGGGCCUGGGGGUCUGGACGCUGAUUGAUGUCCUCCUCAUCGGCGUUGGCUACGUGGGACCGGCGGACGGCUCUUUGUACAUUUAGCUGUGGUCCUGUGCUUCGCAGAGGAGCCGGGCUUAGGAGACAUCCAUUUGCCUGUAGGAAUCGCUGUGCUGAGUGGUGCGUGUGUGUUUUUAAUGUACAGCAUCUGUACUGUGUCUGCCUUGAUGAAGGUAAAAUAAACAACCCUCAACUGUGCUUACCUGGAAUUUAUUUGCCUGAAAUAUAUUUUUUUUCUGUGAAAAAACUUAGACUAACUUAAACUUGAAAAACAACCUGUGCAGCAACUGAAAAUCUGUUCAAUUCCUAGGCUUUGGUUUUAUGUUGGUCAUGUCAGAGUGUAUCGCUUGUAUCUCGGCCUGAAUGCAAUCUGCCUUGAGAAGCUUUUCGGCUGUGAUUACAGGAAGUGGGAUGUGUUUUUGUUCUUUAGCUAAAUAAUCUGCCUAAACGUCAGUCAUCUGUAAGUUUUGAGAUGUAACAUGUAUGUAGUCUGGUCUUUACAUGUGACUGUUUGAAGUAAACUGCAGAACUUCUGUGCCUGGUUGCCACGAUUUGAAUUUUGUUAGUAAUAUAAAAGGUCACGAGAGUCCUGGAAAAUCAAUAAAAUUACAAGUUCCUUGAAAAAGAUUGUAGACUUUUUCCUAUAUGUUUUUUAUAUUAAAAUAUAAUCUUGAA